AUGACUCAUAUUCAUGAAGCCCUGGGUUCCUUUCUCGAUAAUGACUUGUACAAGUUUACCAUGCAGAAUGCAGUACUUAAGAACUACAAGGAUGUACCAGUUGUCUACCAUUUUAUCAACAGAAAACAAAACGCCUUUAAACUGAAUAAAGAUGCUGUUCAGUGGAUCAAAAAACAAAUUCAAGCUAUGGAGGAUCUUUAUAUCACAGAGGACGAGCUUGCAUAUAUGGCAGCAUUUCCAUUCUUUGAUACGGCGUAUAUAGAUUACCUCUCUCACUUCCGCUACAGACCUUCCGAGCAGAUAAAGAUCAAAUUUGAUGAAGAAACGUCUGAUCUCGAUUUAGAGAUAGUUGGAUCCUGGCCCGAGACCAUCUUGUACGAGACACCUCUACUGGCAUUAAUCUCGGAGGCCUACUUUAAGUUCGUGGAUAAGGACUGGAUAGACGAUAAUCAAUAUGAACGAGCAAGAUCCAAGGCAAGCACCUUGCUUGAGGACGGAUGCCAGUUUUUUGAAUUUGGAACCAGAAGACGACGCAGUCUUUCUGUGCAAGAUUGCGUCAUGCGGGCUUUUACUGACAUGAAACAAGAAUAUAUCAACGAAUGUCAGGAUAAAGGAACAAAGGCACUCGGUGAUGCGGCCGGAACCAGUAAUGUCUAUUUGGCCAAGAAAUACAACUUCAACGCAGUCGGUACUGUGGCCCAUGAGUUUUUUAUGGGAAUAUCGGCUCUAGAAGGUCUCAAAAACGUCAAUAAGAAAGCACUAGAAGUCUGGACACAGACAUACAAUGGUGCACUUGCCAUAGCUCUCACAGAUACAUUUACGACUCCUAUCUUUCUAAAAGAUUUUCAGCACACACUUGCAUCUGACUUUACAGGCGUUAGACAUGACUCUGGAGAUCCAGAAGAAUUUGCAAAGACCAUUGUCAACCAUUACAAAUCUUUGGGUAUCGAGCCUAGCACUAAAAAAAUAGUGUUCUCUGAUGGUCUCGAUGUCGACCGUGCCACUAGUCUACACAAACUUUGUGAUGAUCUAAAUAUCCAAUCGAGUUUUGGAAUUGGUACUCAUUUUAGCAACGACUUUGAGAAAGCAAGUGAUCCAAAAAACAAAAGCAAAUCUAUGAGCAUCGUUAUCAAACUCAAGGAAUGUAAUGGUAUCCGUGUUAUAAAAUUAAGCGACGAUGUGUCAAAACAUAGUGGAAAUCAGUCUCUUGUAGAUAGUCUUGAAAAGGAACUUGGUAUUGUACACUAA